UUUUCAAUAAACCCCCAAAAAACCUAAAAGAAACCUCCGGACACAGAGAAAGGGUGAAGAGAGAGAGAGAGAGAGAGAGAGAGAGAGAGAUCACUCUGUUCAUCAAUGGUGUUCUUCUGAGUAAUCUCUCUCUUGGGUUUGCUUGUUAUGAAUCUUAAUUUCAUUUGAUCGAGAUAGGCGACGGGUAAUUUGUCGAGAGGAUCUUGAACGAAGAUUGACGGAAAUGGCUGGAUCGGAUGAGAACAAUCCCGGGGUGAUCGGCUCUGUAAAUGUUCAAGGGGGUAUUCAUGCGGGAGGAAGAGGGAAGUUUGUGGCUGCGCCGGGGCACAAUCGGAAAGCUUUGAGCACCAUUAAUCGGAAUAUUGUUGGAGCACCAGCUUACCCUUGUGCGGUCAACAAGAGACCCUUAUCUGAAUUAAAUUUAGUCUCUGAUAAGAACCUACCCAUUCCUUUGCACCGACCAAUUACCAGGAAGUUUGCUGCCCAGUUGGCCAACAAGCAGCAACAAAAAUCUGAGGCGGAAACUAGGAAACCACUCCAAUCAGUCCCAAGUUCACCUGAGACAGAAGAUCACAAUGUCAUAGACGUGGAUAACUAUAAGGCAAGUAGUGAUUUUGAUGUGCCAAUGUUUGUGCAGCACACAGAGACAAUGCUGGAGGAGAUUGAUCGGAUGGAGGAGGUUGAAAUGGAAGAUGUGGCUGAGGAGCCAGUUUUGGACAUAGACAGCACUGAUAAGAAGAACCCACUUGCAGUUGUUGAGUACAUUGAUGAUUUAUAUCACUUUUACAAGAAAGCAGAGUGUGGUAGUUGUGUUCCCUCAAGUUAUAUGGCACAGCAAUAUGAUAUCAAUGACAGGAUGAGAGCUAUUCUUAUUGACUGGCUAAUAGAGGUUCACUACAAAUUUGAGCUGAUGGAGGAGACUUUAUAUCUGACCAUCAACCUCAUCGAUAGAUUUCUAGCAGUUCAUCAAGUAGUGAGGAAGAAACUUCAGCUUGUUGGGGUGACAGCCAUGCUUCUUGCAUGCAAAUAUGAAGAGGUUUCUGUUCCUGUUGUAGAGGAUCUCAUUCUGAUCUCUGAUAAGGCCUAUGCCAGGAAAGAAGUGCUUGAUAUGGAGAAGCUGAUGAUCAAUACCUUGCAAUUUAAUCUGUCUGUUCCUACAUCAUAUGUGUUCAUGAGGAGGUUUCUGAAAGCUGCUCAAUCUAACAAGAAGCUUGAGCUUCUCUCAUUCUUCAUCAUUGAGCUUUGCCUGGUAGAAUAUGAAAUGCUUAAGUUUCCGCCCUCUUUAUUAGCUGCUGCCGCAAUUUACACUGCUCAGUGCACUCUUUAUGGGUCUAAGCAAUGGACUAAAACCAGUGAGUGGUACACUGCCUACUCAGAGGAGCAACUUCUGGAAUGCUCAAGGCUGAUGGUUUCUUUCCAUCAGAAAGCAGGAACAGGGAAGCUUACAGGUGUUCACCGAAAGUAUAGUACAUCCAAGUAUGGUUAUACAGCAAGAAUUGGGCCUGCCAACUUUCUCUUGGAGGAGAGAUUCUAGUUGACUGACAACCCAUACAAGGAUACUGACAUUUUUUUUACUUUGGCUACCAUAUGAGGGGUGCGGGUGGGUUUGCUCUUGGGUUUUAUGAGCAACGCAAGUUGCCCCUUAUAUUCUGAAUCUGAUGUGCUCUGAUGUUCAUUUCUUUCUCCCCUUAGAGAAUAAAUGUACAACUUUCAUUUGAACCAAAUUGCCUUGUUGUGAUUAGCAAAUGAAAAUUUAAUAAAAAAGAAACAUCGUU